AGUUUUAAUUAUGUUUAUGCUUAGGUACCAACAUUGUACAUUGUGCGCCGAACUACGGAUUAAUACCAUUUUUUGCCAUAUAGCAAAUUUUUAAAGCUACUAACUUAAAAAAAACUUUUAUUAAAUCUUUACAUCCUUAACUUAAAAAAAAAUUACGCGCCAUCCAUAAAUUGCAAUAAUCGAUAGAAGUCAAUCGAUCAAUGGCCUCAUCUCAUCUCUAAUGAAAAAGCUCGCAAAUUUUACUCCAUUUUUUCAUACGACGUACAAAGUGUUUGAAUGGAUAAAAAAAUUUAAUAGAAUAUGAAAAAUCAACGUCAAUGCGUGUCAGAAUACUUGUUAAAACAAAUUGUGUCCUUACUGUUUGUGUUUUCCAAUUGUUCAUUGUUUUGUGUAUGUCUAUUCUAGCUGAAAACUCACAAAAGUGCCCUUUGAUCUAAAAAGUUUUAGUUUAGAAUCCACACGAAUUUAAUAAAAUUCUGCCACUCAGCGAUGCAUGACGACCUGACAAGCAACAAUCUGCAAGAAACUCCGUUAUUGCAAUUUAUUCUUAAUAUCAUAGACGAAGACAUCAUAAGUGAUCAGAAAAUACAACUUAAGCAAGUGUAAUAGAAUCAUAGACCAAUUUAAAGCGGCCCAUUUGGCUUAGCUAUCUCCAAAUUAAUUGUUGAGUUUGAAGGCCAGGAUAUUUCACAAAAAUUAUUAUGUUGGAAACUUCUUAGCUGACAUGACAAACUCAUCAUAAUGUCAUUUGAAUUUGAAGACAGCUGAAAUCAUGUCGCGCUCUGAGAAGAUUGACAAUCCCAACGAGAGUCUUUUUAUACCAAAAUGGUUGAACGAAUCGAAAUUUGAGUGUUUGCUGGCAAAGACCGAGCCUGAUUAUACGAAGAUUCUUCAGUUUACUACAGUGGCCGCCGUGCCGCCUGGUGGUAAUUUUACAUCAAUAAUGAUUCGUGUGUACUUGGGAUUAGAAAUGAAUAAUGGAACUUCGAAAGGGAAAACAUAUGUGGUUAAAACCACUUUGGACAUAGAAAAGGGUGGCAGGGCUGUGAAUAAGAUGCGUUACUUCCAAAAAGAGCAGCAAAUGUACUCCACUUACUUGCCCGAGUUCGAGAAAAUCUAUUGCGAGGCUGGUAGACCUUUAAAGCUGGUGCCCAAAUGCCUGGAAAUCGGAGAGAUGGAGGGAAAUCUAUAUUUCAUUUUUGAGGAUCUUUCAGCGCAGAACUAUGAGUGUGCAGAUCGAAACAAAGGUGUCAAUAUGGAGCAUAUGCGUCCGUCGCUUCGAAAAUUGGCUGAACUCCAUGCUGCGAGUGUAAUUUAUAAAGAUCGAAAUGGACCAUAUCCCAUUGAUUUCGAGCAUGGAUUCGCCAAAAUAGACAAUAUCGAGCACAGCGUUAAAAGCUUCGAAACAAAGUCUCCGGAAUACAAGGCAGCCAUGCAAACUUGGGGCAUGGAUGAGUGUUAUCUCAGGAAUUAUCCCACUCCAGAGCAGUACAGAAAAAUAUGCCUGGAAUCCCUUGAAGUGGACUCAAAGGACUUCAAUGUCCUCACUCAUGGCGAUUUUUCGGCAAGCAAUAUUCUGUACAAGUACGAUGAAAAGGGCAACGUAAGUGAGGCCCUUCUACUGGACUUCCAGCUCGGCAAAUGGGGUAGCCCGGCCCAGGAUCUGCUGAUGAUGAUAAUUAUUUCAGCGGAGAAGGACUUGCGCUAUAAAGAGUUUGAUAAUUUUGUCAGAAUCUACUGGGAGUAUCUUAUUGACUGCUUGACCCUGCUAAAGUACGAAAAACCGUUUCCACAACUGAGAGAGAUGCAAUCUGCCAUUUAUAAGAAAAACAACACACUCUAUGCUGUUUUUGCCGUAAUGAAUCACUUGCCCGGUCAUUUGCUACCCAGUUCCCAGGAAAGUAAUUUGCAUAACCUACAAUCCAAAGAAGAAAUAGGCAGGAAGUACCGAGUUCGAUCCUACACCAACCCUACCUUUGUAGAAAUCAUUAGAGAGUUGUAUCCCUUCUGCUGCAACCGCGGACUCUUCAAUUUCGAAGACUUUGAGUGACUGCAAGUUCAUUCAUCUUGCGAUGCUGUUUGCAUGCGACUCGAUUAAAUAAAUUGUGUGCGAAUAUUGA